CAAUACCUAUAUUUUGGUUCACCUCAUUUAUAUGACUUGACCAGUACGCUACGGAAGUCGAAGCUCGGUCAAGCGAACAAAGCUUCACUGUGAAGACAACGACAGCUUCGAAGAGAACAGACUGUGCAACGAGGACUCUGAUUCAGAAAUUAGAUUCAGACGCUAUCGUUCUCAACGGCCUUCGAGCUCUACUGCAUGAAUCUCUAUCAAGACAAACGUUCACAUAUUCAAGUUGCGUCUUGAACUUCUUGAUUGCCUUGUCAAGGCAAAUUUCUGUGGCAUAUGCGGUGUCGCCGGAAAGAUAUAUCGAGAUACUACAGCGGUGCACCCCCGUAGUAGUGUAUAGGAUAGCACAAUCUGUCCAGCCAUUUCAUUUCGCCAGAUGACCCCGUCGAUGGCGGCACAAUGAACAGGUCACUUUGUCGGAAGCCGUGGCGGGUUUUUGGAAGUGUACGGUUUAGAAACGCCGUUCCUUGUGGACAACCCUCGAAAUGGACGCUCAAUGAGUGGGUGAAGUCUGUACCCCUAGACUCCGGAAAUUUAACGCCCAAGGCCCCAAGCGCUCAUGUGAGUCGUGCACUCAGCAUGGUCGCUGAUCUUGCAGAUUGGUUUCCCGAUACAUUCUCACAAGCAUUGUUACCGAGUCUGGAACGACGGUGUCACAUGUACACAUAUAAGCCUCGCCCUGCACAUCAGCUCCAGUCAACAACAACUCAGCCCCGCAACGCUCACGUUAUGAGCCUCACUAUUGAUAAUACAACAUCCAGUAAUACUAGAGUUAACUCGGUCCCUCUGGUGCUGGCGGGCUGUCGGGCUCCCACUCAUCCUAUUAUGAAGUCAGCGUUCAAAUUCUUGUGCGUUGUUGCAGUCUCCAAGACGUCUCUCGACCACUGGAAAGAUACAGGAAAUGAAGAAUGGAAGGAGCAUGUCAAAGUGAUGAUUAAUCGCUUCCAGAACUCAAACGUCACUGCCGGGCUGAUACUCGCAACCACUGCUUUGCUCCUAUCGUCGGGCUCUCCUGUGGCUAACCUGAUGGCUUAUAACACUCCAGCCUCGUACAUCUUCGUCAUAGCCGCAUUUAGUGCUGCAUUGCUCAGCGUGAUAUCUGGAGCUGCGGUCGUUGUCGUCUACGAGACUAGCGUCACUCACAAAGAUAUGGGAAGCCUCAUACACAUGUUACGACACCAAGUCAUCUGCCUGCUGUUGUGGUUGGCAUUCCCCUCAAUUUGCCUGGCAUUGGCUACCUGCUUUUUGUUCAUGUCUAUCUUUAUCGCCUGCUUCUGCUCUGGAAACGUCUCUGUCCAAGUCAUAACGGCAUCGGGUUGUUUGUCCUUCUUUUUCAGCGGAAUCCUCACGCUCCACAUUUUCAAUUCUGUGGGCAGACCGCAAACAAAUAACACUCUUGCUGAACCUGUCUCAAUUGGCUUUGCGGGGCCGCAAAGCCCAACCGGAAGACAUGGCAUCGGAAGGGGUGUUGUAUAAUUCCAGCCGAGGAAGCAAUGUAUGCUGACCUGGUGUGGAUUAUUGUAGACCAGUGUUUGGAUGCUGCAGCUAGUACGGAUAUUGGACAAUGGACUCACAACUGGAGCGCUUCUGCUACUUGGGUUGCUACUCCUUUCACAUUCAACCUUGAUGUCAUGCGUGUCAAUCAUGGCUACUGUUUCCAGGUAUCUUGGAUGUGGCAGAUAAUACUUAGGGCUUAUCCGUAGGAGGACCGACCUGUGCCAUGCUCCCGCUGAUCAAUGACUUAUUGGAUUUCCUUCGACGCAGCUCUCCUUAUCGUCUUUUGCUUCCAUAAUUCUGCUCUACAUAACGACCUUGGCAUGGGCUGUUUGGCAUUCUUUUCUCACGGAGUCCUUACGCCUUGUGUUGGUGGGCAGACAUCAAGCUAGAGGGCUCUUUUUUUAUUUAUGUCAAUUCCCC